AUGGAGGAACAGAAGGUGUUUGAUGAUAUGCUUGAAUGUCAGAAAAACAUGAGCACUAACCCUAUCAUAAAGGACUUCGAUUUCAAGGAGUUAAAUGAAAUUCAGAAACACUACCCGCAAGGCUACCACGGAGUAGACAAAGAGGGUAGACCUAUUUACAUCGAACGAUUGGGGAAAAUCAAUGUAGAAAAACUUUUGAACGUCACGACAUUGGAUCGUUACGUAAAAUACAAGAUAUACGAGUACGAGAAGACGCUCGCAAUCAGGUUUCCUGCAUGCUCUGUCGCUGCAAAAAGAAACAUCAACCGAAGUGUAACAAUUCUUGAUGUCGAAGGUGUGAACUUCAAGAGCUUUACUAGACCUGUCCAAAAAGUUAUUAUGCAGCUUCGCAAGAUUUUUGAGGACAACUAUCCUGAAACCCUUAGCAAAAUGGUUAUCGUAAAUGCUGGACCGGGAUUUAGGCUACUUUGGAAUACUAUCAAAUGUUUUCUUCACCCUGAUACAGUUUCCAAGAUUCAGGUUAUUGGCAGCAAGUACGAAAGCAAAUUACUCGAAAUGAUUGAUGAAAGCGAGCUUCCGGAUUUUCUUGGUGGAAGGUGUAGCUGUAAGUGUGAAGGAGGUUGUCUUAGGUCAGACAAAGGCCCAUGGAAAGACAUAUGUGUGGCUGAUCAGAACCUUAAAUUGGAUCAAUGUAAUAUUGUACCUCAGUGAAACUGCAGAAAUUGUGUUUAAGUAACAAAGCUUUAGGAAGAAUUAAUUGAUCAAUUUUUUUUUAAUAUAUUGUAGAUGUGACUGUAAAUAUACACAUCCUUGAUUAUAUGAUCAAUUAUUCAAUUUUUUGUUAGGCAUACACUAAUUGUCUUCUAGUGUACAGAUUGAUUAUGCCUGGCUGUGUAUGAUGUUUAUCAGAAAAAGAAAAUUUGAUAUUUCUUUUUCGAGCAAAGGUAUUUACCAAAAUUACAAGCGAAUAAUGCAUGAUUGAUGUCUAAAGUUAACAUUAU